AUGGGAAAAUUGUCGCAAUAUGCAAGAAAUCGAGUUAUUUCCUUACGAAUGGCGAAUAAUUCAAUCGUGAAUAUUGUGAGGAUCUUACAAGAAGAGGACGGAAUAAAAACAUCACGGACAAGCGUGUCUUCGUUUAUCGCGAGAUAUCAACGAACGGGAAGUAUUGAUGAUGCUCAACGGAGUGGACGAAAGUCGAUUCUUUCCGAAGAAGAUGUUAGUUUUAUUGACGAGAAAAUGAAAGCUAACGAUGAGCUAACCUCGGGAGAGAUUCAAAAGCUAUUGCGCGACGAACGGGGUGUAACAAUUUCAACAUCCACUAUUCGAAACGUAAGGCGUAAAAAACUUGGUUGGAAACACGAAAAAGCUCGAUACUGCCAACUAAUUCGUGAAAAGAACAAGGUAAAGCGGCUGGUAUUUUGCCUUAAAGCAAUGAAAGAGAAGGAUAGCUUUGAGAAUGCCAUCUUUUCAGACGAGACCACUGUCGAAAUCCAGCAGUAUACCAGAUACUGUUUCCGCAAGAAUGGCAGUUUGCCGAAACGUAAAGGCCGACCAAAACAUCCACUCAAGGUAACAUACAUUUUGCUAGUAUUAUAUAGUAUAUUUAUAUUUUAUAGUCAAAUGCAAUCUUCAGUAAACUGUUUAUUAAUUAAACUUUGCUCCCGAUUUUCAAUUCGUAUUUGAAAUAUGGAUUCAAAUUGUUUACAAAUUUGUAAUGGAUGCUCGUUGCAAAGUUUAGUACGAAAUUCGUUUCCUUGCACUUGGUACUUAGAUAAUAUAAUUUCGCUACUUAGUAGUUAGAUAGUAUUCGCUACAACAAUGUAUCAAUUGGCAAAGACAUAGCACAAUAAAAGGCAAUUAUUGCAUGUAUGUUUGGCAUGAAUCACGAUGGCAUGAUGCAUCAGAGUGAAUUAAUUGGCAUGUAUUUAUCGAUCAGGACCAGGUGCAGACAUUGGCAUGCAAUUUUAUCUGUUGCGUGACUCUUCUUGAAUUAAAGGUCGACACUGCAUCAAAUGGUCCUCCCUUGAUUAAUCACACUCUGAACCAACUUUACAGUAGAAAUUCCCUGAACUGCGUUUGACCACAUGAUCGAUCAACUCUCGUGGUUUUAUUUGUUGUGAUCUUAGAUAUCUUACACUAUAUUUUUGUAGGUUCAUGUAUGGGCUGGCAUAUCAUACAGAGGUGCUACAAAAGUUUGCAUUUUCACUGGGAUAAUGGAAAGUAUUGGGUACCAGACAAUCUUGGAAAGGAACUUGCUUCCUUUCAUCGCAAGUGAAUACCCUGAUGGUCACCGUUUCUGGCAGGAUAAUGAUCCCAAGCACACCAGCAACUCAACCAAAGAGUGGAUGAAAGCGAAUGGAAUAAAUCACUGGCCAACUCCCCCAGAAUCACCGGUAUGCACCAAUGUCAUUCAAUUGAAUGUUAAAAGAUUCGCUGUCUAAGAAGGGUGGAAAACAUACUGUACAGUAUUUUUAUUAUUAUUGUGAUGUGUUUUGACACUUCAUAGCAGAUUUACCCAUUAAAGUCCAAGGAAAGUUGCCACUAUAGAGCCUUUCUUCACUGAAUAGAACAGGCUACAGUGGCAACUAUAAUAAUAUAUAUUAUGAAAAUUUCAAUAUUAAUUACUUUCUUAUUGUAUAGGACUUGAAUCCAAUUGAGAAUUUCUGGGCAAAUCUGAAACACCACCUGCGUAAGUUUACAAAGCCAACCAACAAAGAGGAACUAGUGCAAGGCAUUCAAGAGUAUUGGAAAACAGUAACCCCUGCAAUGUGCCAGCGAUAUGUAAACCAUGUGCGAAAAGUUGUACCGGCUGUUAUAGCAUGUGGUGGUGGCCCUACUGGAUAUUAA